AUGAGCGAGUAUGAUGAUGUAGCAGCUAUGUUUUCAAAGCAUUCCGCACGUAUCAUUCAGCAACACCGUAGAACAACUAGCAACGAUUCGAACGCUACAACGCCGACUGAGACUAACAACAUCCAACUUGCUAUGCUUGACUCUUCUAGUCAAGCUUUAUCACAGCCAAAAGCAGCAUCAGAGAGUCUUGAAGAGAUUCAACAGCAACUUGUGAACCUUGAAAAUGCGCCAGCGCCGACUAAGGAGGAGAUUGACGAAAUACUGGCGCAGUAUUCGAGUGGCUCAAGUGUCAGUGGAUCUGACGAUGAAAGACCUGAUUCCUCCGAACCUGAGACAAUAAUCAUGAAAGUUCUGGUUGUUGGCAAUGCUCGUUGUGGAAAGACUAGCACGAUACGGCGGUUUGCACAAGAUGAGUUUAAUGAAGAGUAUGUGAGCACUAUUGGAGUAGAUUUUAUGGAGAAAGUGAUCCCAUACGAUGCCUCCUUAACCAUCAAUUUACAACUUUGGGACAUUGCUGGGCAAGAUCGAUUUGCCAAGCUCACGCGUGGAUACUUUCGUGAAGCCCGAGGAGCUGUGAUUGUGUGUGAUAUCACACGCGUGAACACAAUUGAUGCAGUGAUGAACUGGAAAAACGAGAUCAGUACGUGCUGCAAGGACUCAAAUGAAGGAAAAGAAAUUCCAGUCGUGGUAAUUGCCAAUAAAAGUGACUUACUAGUGGAUCCUAUGGGUGCACUUGACCUCGGUGUGAACAUGCAAAAGUGUAUUGACCAAAACAAUAUUGUCGAGUGGUUUCGUGCUUCGGCAAAGAGUGGUGAACGCAUCACUGAUGCCUUCUCGUGUCUGAUUGACCGCAUGGUUGAUGACUUUCGUGUCGAAAAGGAAAAGAACCAGCACCAGAAAGAAGAAAUUGGUGCGAAGGAACCAGAAAAGACACCGCCUGAGAUCAUUCAUCUCUCUCGGACGCGACCAAGGUACAGAGCGGUCAAGCAAAAAGGCUUUGCCUGUGACUGCAAUUAG